CUUAGAGAAGAGGUUAUAUUUCGUUAAGUACUAUACAAACCAAAAAUAAACUUAUAAGUUUCUGUAUAACACUUUUCAUAAUGAGGGAAUCUUUUUUGUCUAACUGCGAAAAGAGCUUUUUGCAAAGAAUUAUUUCAGAAGGACAUCGUCUCGAUGGAAGAAGUUAUAAUGAAAGUAGAAAUGUGGAUAUAGCAUUUGGUUCUCAAUACGGUAGUUGUAUUGUAUCUCUAGGCGAAACAAAAGUUCUAGCGCAAGUUUCUUGUGAAGUUGUGCAGCCGAAGGCCACAAGACCAAAUGAGGGUAUUUUGUACAUAAAUGUAGAGCUGAGCCCCAUGGCCGCCCCUCAGUUUGAAGCUAACCGCCAGACAGACCUCUCAGUGUAUCUAAAUAGACUGCUUGAGAAAUGCUAUAAGGACUCAAAAUGUAUUGAUUUGGAAACACUUUGUAUUGUUGCAGAAGAAAAGGUGUGGUCACUACGUAUAGACAUAAAAGUCCUAAACCAUGCUGGGAACCUCAUUGAAUGUGCCAGUAUCGCAGCACUCACAGCACUCGCUCAUUUCAAGAGACCUGACGUCACUCGCAACGGCGACGCUGUCACUAUACACACUUUGUCAGAAAAGGACCCCAUUCCCACUGUGCUAUAUCACUAUCCAGUAUGCCUGACAUUCGCUAUAUUUAGUAAUGACAUACUUAUAUCAGACCCCAGUGUAAUAGAGGAGUCAGUAUGCACGAGCAGUACAGACGAGGGCAUCAACACCGGCGGUGGUCUUCUAGUUAUCGGCAUGAACCAGUACAAGGAGCUCUGCUUACUAGAUCUGACAGGCGCCGCUAUCUACAACCCUAACUUGGUACACAAAGCCAUCUUAAGCGCAGCCACCAGGAGUAAAGAUGUCGUUGAUAUGAUCAAGACCUGUAUUGUUAGUGAUGACACAAAGAGACAAAAACGAGUGAAAAUAAACUUCUCAGACAUAAUAACGAACGAGCACGUGCUGUCUCUAAGCAGACGCGAUGUGAGCAUUCGUCUCAAGCAUUACAAUGUGGACGACGUCCCGCCGCGAGACGAGGACAUGGACGAAAUGGAAAGCGAUGGCGUCGAGGAAGUGGAACUCGGCAAAUAUGAUGUCGUUUCUUCAGUGCCUCAAACUGCGGAAGUUGUGUCUCAGAAGAGUGCUUCAGGAUGGGUGGAGGUCUCGUCAGAAUCAGAAGAAGAUUGUACUGUAGUAGAGUAAUAGUCAUGUAUGUUACGUAAAAUGUAAUAAAAAUCCAUUUUACAAUUUA